CCGAAACAUCGAUUUUACUGCUCCUCGGAUGCUGCCUGAACUGCUGUGCUCUUCCAGCACCACUAAUCCAGAAUAUGUUACUGUAGUGCAUUGUUGUAAUUAUUUUAAGUGCAAACACCCAAGUCUCCUUAUUAUUUUCACCUUUAGUUAAGUCAAUACAAAGUAGAAGAAAGUGACGCCGUGCGCGCUCACAAUUCAGUGGUAGGACUUUUGAUCACAUCUUUCAAAAUGUAAUUUGCAUUUUUAAAAAUCCUACAACACCAGGUUAUAGUCCAACAGGUUUAACUGGUCACACUUGCUUUCGGAGCGCUGCUCCUUCUUCUGGUGGUUGUGACAUGUGCGACGGAGAAAAUAUCCACCCCGUGAGAACGACACUCGGGUGGCAAUGAUUUCGAAUUUCGCGCUCGCUGACUUGGGCGGCACAGGGCCACCGUACAGUGGUGAGAAGCCGGAGCGGUUGGCCGGCACCUGACAACGAUGAGCGGCGCGAGGCAGGCGGAGGGAGGCGGUGGCGGUGACUCGGGCAGAACACUAAUAGCAGUUGGACUUGGUGUUGCAGCUGCAGCUUUUGCAGGUCGCCAUGCAUUUCGAUUGUGGAAACCUCUUCAACAAAUAAUUGUAGAAACGGCAAGAAGAAUCCCUAGUCCUAGCUUUCCAGCAUAUUACAAAGGAGGAUUUGAAGCAAAAAUGAAUAAGCGUGAGGCCACCCUUAUAUUAGGUGUCAGUUCAUCAGCUUCUCGAGCAAAAGUUGGAGAAGCCCAUAAAAGAAUUAUGCUCUUGAAUCAUCCUGACAGAGGAGGAUCACCAUACCUGGCUGCAAAGAUCAAUGAAGCAAAAGAUCUACUGGCUUCUUCCAGCAAGAAAUGAUUUCUCAUGACUGUUAUUGGUUUAUUAUAUUCAAUUUAGCAGUAAAAUAUUACACCUUUUGAAUAAGACUGUUAUCACUUAUGCUCUAAUAUAGUUAUAAACAUUACAGUUGAAAUGUGUUGAUGAAAAUUGAAGUGAGAAAGUGAGUUUUCUUUCAUACAAGACGAAUAAGAACUUUGCAGAAUUUAGUUUACAGGAGUGAAGCUUAAUUUAAACACAUUAUGAAAUGAGUGUGAGACUUGCACUGCAAUGAUAUUUGCGUGAUAAAUAGAUUUUAUUAUUUGAAUGCAAACCUAGAUGUGAUGAUUACAUUUUCAUUCCUUGUAUGUAGUCUACAUAUAUAUGGUUAUUACUGCUUUAGCUCUGGGAAUAAGGGUUAGGCCUAUUAUAUCCUAUAAGGGAACAAAUAUGAGAAUAUUUAAAGAUAAUGAAUGUGAAGGGCUGUAGGAGAGAGCCAAAUGGUGGAAUCAUUGAUUAUUGAGUCUGUUAAAGUCAAAUUUGAACUUUUCAGUUGUCUGAUCAUCAACUAAGUGCCUCCAAGGCAGUAGACAUUUAGAAUUGAGUCAGUGGAUGCUAGAUUUGGGAUGGGUUUUUUGUCCUGAAUCAGUUGUUCAAUAGGAAAGAACAGAGUUGCUAUCUAAUGUUAGAGGUUAAUUGACAGGAUAGUUAUAGCUUGAGCAAUUUGGAGAUGCUAACUUGCUCUUUUGGGGCUCCAUCUUGUACAGCAGUCACCAGCAUCUUCAGGAUACAAAAGGGUGACAGUGGCUCUAAACUCUGUUCAGAGGUGAAGGUUAAAACAUUGUGAUGCUGCCCAAUAAGUCUGCAAUGCAAUACCUCUUUCCACUAAGGUCAACAAGGGACAUAGGAUAGCCCCUUGCCAUCAGGCUUCCAUGCCCAGGCCUUGUAAGUGUACCAUAAAGACAGAGCACUCCAAUUGAUCUUUGAAUCUCAUUCAAACUAGAAGACACAUUUAAAUAAAGGGUAGAAAAAGGAGAUCCAUAUGAGCCACAGCAUUGUUAUGAUGUCAUUCCUCAGAUGGAACAGCAUCCAACAACAUGGCAGCAUCAGCCAUAACAAUAUGAGGAGGAUUUCCUUGUGAAUGUUCUACAAUGGAAUUGAAUUACAUGAAGUCAUCGUUCUAGAUUGCUCAGAUAUGAAGCCUUGACAUCACUACAUGGGCUGUCUCUGUCCUCUCCCAUUAAGGCAAAAAUACGCUCUUUGUUGGGGCUGAGUAGGCAGAUGUCCCAACACAAUCAUCUCGUCUUUUUUUUCCUGCUGUUUUCACUUCAAAUGAGACAGAUAGAGAGACUGAGAUGAAAGUGACUGGUGUAGUCAUUAGUAUUGCUGGAGUUGGGUAAAAAUGGUGCGGUGUCCUGAAUGCAUAAGUAGGCAGCACAGAGACCGUGCAGAGUGAGUAGUGAAUGAGAGGUUGGAGUGGGGAAAUGUUGCAUAAAGUAUUGAGAGUGGUAGACCAUGAGACUUGGUGGGAGAGGAGUGCAGUAGCAGAAUAUGAUGUAACAGAAGACAGUGGCACUUAACCUCACUGAGUAGAGAAAAUCAUUAACCUCCUUGUGGCAUUGCUGCUUGUUCUUCUGGACUGAAAAUAACACCCACCUAAGUUGCAACCUUGAACCAAGCUGGCGGGGCCUGGUGAUGUGGUCUCCAGGCAGUCAUGAGAAAAGUAAACUGCCCUCCUCUACACCAUCUCACCCAUCAGGACCUCUUCAUCCUGCUGCAAAAAUGGGAAUUUAACUUUCAUCUGUUGACCAUGUCCAGGUCAAUUCUUUAGACAUAGGAGCAAUGCAGGACAGCUCCAGACUGAUAGUACUUCACAGGUGCCCAACUGCAUUUUAAACCUGGCUGAGGUUCUUUUGCUAAUUAUUAAAUUUGUAUCCCCUUGUUACUGAUGUUCUGCUAGUCAAACCAAUUUUCAAGUGUCCGAUUAAAAAACUUCAUAAUUUGAGCACCUCUAUUAAAUCUCCCUCUAACCUUUGCUCUAAGAGCAAUCUCAGUUUUUGAACCUUGAUACAUAACUGAAGUCUUUCGGGAUUUAUAUCGUUUACUGAUCUUUUAAUGAUGUUCACACCAUGUUUCUGCUCUUAUUGCAUAGAAUCCUGUCUGCAAGCAUGAAAUUAUCAAUUCUAUACAGUUUAAGACAUAAAUGUAAAAUAUUAUUCCUCUCUACCUCAUGUUUUCGCCUCCAUAAUGACAGAUGUUUGCUGCAGGAUUAACCUCUUGCCAACUCUACCAGAAUAAUCACUCUCCUGUCCCAGUGACCAUCUUAAACUGGCAAGUGAUCCUGAAACUAAAACUGUCCCUACUUGCACCAUCAAAAUAUUUCACAAUUUUAAAAAAAAUGAGCUUUUUUAUAGCUUUCUUCACUCCAAUUAAUACUCAAAAUAAAUUGAACAUGUUUUGAAAAGGAAAACCUUGCAUGAAUAUGGAGACAGCAAGGAAGUGAAACUAAUUGGAAAGCUCUUUCAAUGAAGUCAUGCAGGCACAAAAGGCCAUAUGGCAGCUUUCAUUGCAGUAUGAUUUUGAUUUGCAAGUGACUCAACUCACUCAACUGUGAUCGACAUUGCGAUUAACGUGUAAUUUAGCAAACCUGCCCUAGAAUUAAUCUGUGCACAAAUCAAUUUUCUAUGGUAACUCAUUUAUGUAUACACUGUCACAGUGAGUCAUGUUUUUAAUGUUAUUAGAAUUCCUGAUUAAUAUUAAUUUUUUGUCCCAUUUCUGCAUUCCUCAAAUUCAGUCAGAAAGAUGGAAUUUCAGCGUUGCUUUUACAAUAUGGCAUUGGAUCAAACAUGAGGAGCCAAUGAAAUGCUUGUAUUAUGUUUUUUCAGCUGCUUCAUAGGUUGGAAAUUCCACUCUGAGGAUGAUUUUUACUACAAUAGAAUCACUGAAACUGAUGUACAGGCAUGGAUUGAAAAACAUGUCAGAUGGUGUUGACAUAUCAACCUGGACACCAACAGCAGUACUGUAUGCAGUAUAUGAACUAUGAGACAUAACUAGCAUAUUUGGGAGGGGAAUGUUGCCUUUGGACCUAUGGUUCCCAAAACAUAUCACUGUUCGGAAUUGACUUUAAUGUCAGGAUCUAAUUGACAGAGGUUGGUUACUAUGAUUAGCAAAUAAUUAUAUUAAUGUUGUAUCAUGUAACUGUCAGGAUGGUAAAAGGCAAACUUCCUCAGGUUUUCUCUGUUCCUAAUAGGAGUUCAAUGAUCUGCUAUUGAAUCACAUUAAUUAUUUUAAAAAGCCUCAUUGCUAUCAUUAUUAUUUCUUUUCACUACAUGAAUAAACAGGAAGUGUUAA